AUGCGACGGAGCGCGCGGUGUUUCACGCGCGUCGUCGCGCCCGUGAUCGACGGCGUCGCGCCCGUCGCGCGCACCCGCGCCCGCGCCUCGCUCUCGCGCGCGCACGACGGCGUGCGGGCGACGACGGUGUUGUGCAUUCGUAAAAAUGGCGUCACCACAAUCAUGGCUGACGGUCAAGUCACCAUGGGAAGCGAGAUCGUGAAACCGAACGUGAAGAAAGUGCGCGUGAUCGAACCGGGCGUGGUGGGAGGAUUCGCCGGGGCCACCGCGGACGCGUUCACGCUGUUCGAUCGAUUGGAACAACAGCUCGAACAACAUCCGGGGCAGUUGACGCGGGCGUGCGUGGAGCUCGCGAAACAGUGGCGCACGGAUAAGUUUUUGAGGAAACUCGAGGCGACGAUGAUCGUGGCGGAUAAAGAAUCGAGCUUUCAAAUCACCGGGAGCGGAGACGUGUUGGAACCGCACGAUGGGGUGAUCGGGAUCGGGAGCGGCGGUUCGUACGCGCUCGCCGCGGCGCGGGCGCUCGUGGACGUCCCGGGCAUGUCCUCGUUCGACAUCGCGAAAAAGGCGAUGACGAUCGCGGCGGAUACGUGCGUGUACACGAAUCAUAAUUUUACCUGGCAAAUCAUCGGUGGCGACGACGCGACGACGAGCGCGGAAGAAAAGGAUGGGGACGCGUCGAAAGGGCCGUCGCGCGCGCCCGCGGGGGAGGGAGUUUAG